UUCAGGUCCGGGCCCAGAAGCUGACCCGAGUGGACUGACAUCACGGGUCGGAAAGCUAGUUGAGUUCUGUGAUCUGAGUUUCAAUACAGACAGUGCGCGAGUGUUCUGUCGGGAAGCUCUCUAGUGAAAAAUGGAGGGUGUGUUUGGCGAGGCGGAAUAUCUAGCAUGUUGUGGAAGCCACAAAUUUGCAAAACAAAUGGUGGAAUCUGGUCCUUUCUCUUCACUUGAGCAAGCUAUUAGUGCUGCUACUCACAUCUGGUUCAAUCAAGUUGAUGUUAAUGGUUGGCUUGAAGCCUUUGGUGCUCAUCCUCAGAUCGGUCAAUCUCCUUCUAAUGAUCAUAAAAGUCCUACUAGUGCUCAGUGGAGCAAGGGGGAACAAUCAACUGCAAUAGCCACUGCUACUGAUUCUACCUUGCAGGAAUUGUAUGACUGGAAUACUCGUUACAGACAGAAGUUUGGAUUUGUUUUCUUGAUUUGUGCAUCUGGAAGGAGUACACCUGAAAUACUUGCUGAACUAAAGAGACGUUAUUCGAACAGACCAUUUGUUGAGUUUGAGAUAGCAGCACAGGAGCAAAUGAAAAUAACUGAACUUCGUCUUGAUAAACUCUUUUCAGCUGCAGAAAAAGCAUCUACAACUAAAACUCCGUUCUCCACUGCGGGUGCCCUGACAAAAGCAGAAGAAGACCGUGUGAGCAUCAUCGGAUCACAUCUGACUUCAGCAUCACAUUCUUCUACCACAAAGCCAUCACAAGUGUCAACUAGGACUCGUCCACCAAUUACAACUCAUGUCCUUGAUAUUGCUCGUGGACAUCCUGCUUCUGGCAUUGAAGUAAGAUUAGAGAUGUGGAAAACAGAUCGGCCUCGGCCACUGUUCAGUGACUUGGGAACAAAUAAUUGGACAUUUCAAGGGUCUUCAACUACAGACAAAGACGGACGAAGUGGCCAUUUGAUGACCAUUGUUGAUGCUCUGAAUCCUGGCAUUUAUAGGAUAAGUUUUAAUACUGGCAAAUACAACCCGGAUGGAUUUUUUCCUUUUGUAUCUAUUGUGUUUGAAAUAAGGGAAUCCCAGAAGUUGGAGCAUUUCCAUGUUCCCCUUCUGCUCUCCCCAUUCUCCUACUCUACAUAUCGCGGGAGCUAGACAUGUUUCUAGGUGAUUAAUAACAGACUGUCAACUUCGUACUGUAAUGUUUUUAUUUGCCCAAGUCAAACUUCUAAACUAUUAAGAAAGUAAAACUUACUCUUUUAAGUGGAAA